ACACAUAACAUUACUUCACAACUCCUACUCUUUCAUUGCAAAUCAUUCUUUAAUUAUUCAUAGCUUUUGAGAGCCAUUUUUGUGAAGCUUGUGUUGUGUUCUUGAGCGUUCUUAGUUUACUCAUAUCCACUCUUAAGGAGAGUCUUGUUCUUGAGUGUCUUAGUGUUGUAUACACGUUAAGGGAAGCUUGUUUCCCUUGGUUGUACGAAGGAAAGGUAUUUUCCAUCGGGUUGAAGUCUUGGAGUGCCGUAUCUCCGAGCAAGUGUUGUUGAGGCUCGUGGGACUCGAGUUCUCAGGUUGUAACGGUUUGUUAAGCACCCGUAAGCUUAACGGAAGUAGUGUAGCUCGAGAGAGUCUCUCGGGAGACUGGAUUAGCCACACGUUGUGGUGAACCAGUAUAAAUCUUGGUGUGCUCCCUUUACGCUUUCUACGCUCUUUACGUUUCACGUUCUUAAUUUUUUAUUCCUGCGAUUUCUAAGAUCAAACGCUAUUCACCCCCCCUCUAGCGUUGGUCACUUAUUCUAACAAAAGUCAUUAUUUUGAAAAUCCCUUCAUUUUUGGUCAAACGUUAAAAUAUUCUUUAUUGGACAAAAACUACUUUUGUUUUAUAAUAAAUUUUAGGCCAUAUUUUGUGGCCUUACAUUUCUUCCCCCCUUAAAGAAAUUUCGUCCCCGAAAUUUCCCUAGUUUCAGAGUCUAUAUAUAUCGAAUCGUAGCAAGAGUGUCUCACAUUAUGGAAGGAACUUCUCGAGCUCUUCCUAAUACCAUAAGAUUCGUUGGUCUACUUGGUAGUCAUGCUCUAGGUAGCAAUCCAAGGUUCAUGGCUACAGCGGUUGAUCUAGGACGUGAAUUGGUAAGGCGAAAAAUCAGGCUUACCUAUGGAGGAGGCAAUGUUGGCCUUCAAGGAGCUGUAGCUUCAACAAUCUAUAAUAAUGGUGGUAGAGUCAGAGGUUUCAUACCAGGGUAUAUAGCAACACGAGGGGUCUAUGGACCAACAUAUGGUGCAGAGUACACCGUCUCCAGCAACUACUAUAAGUAUUUCGAGAUGAAUCAUAUUGUGGAAGCCUUCAUUGUACUUCCUGGAGGAAUUGACACUAUGGAGGGUUUAUUUACUUUGAUCUCAUGGGCAUCCGAAGGGUUACAUAGUAAACCAAUUGGUCUUUUGAACAUUGACGGUUAUUUCAAUAACCUAUUCAAGUUUCUAGAUGAUGCAGUGAGGCAGAACUUCAUGGCUUUGAAUCAGAGGAAACUGUUCAUUUCUUCUUUCUUUGUUGAUGAGCUUUUGGACAAGCUAGAGUUUGCUAAUGCUUUCCCGGGUCCUGGUGCUAGUUAUGACGAGUUUGCAAAUCCUGGAAGAUUGGACUUAGAGUUACAUCUAGAUGUCGUGGAGGAUGCGGAUGCAGGACUUGAAAAUACUGACUCAAUGAUUCGAAAAUCGUUUUGCUCUGAUACCAAAAUGUAACACCCCAAUUCGUAUAAUCCGGAAUUACACGAAUUAAGGUGAAACGAGGGUUAAAUAAAAAUUUUGCUUGACAUUUGAAAAUGACAAUUACUUAAAAAUAUUAAAUUUACAGACUCUCGAUCACGACCCAAUUAAAAAUAUUUUCAGAGUAAUGCGAAAGUACAAUAAUAAUUUAAUCAUGACACAUUUUAAAAAUCUGAUGAUCAAACAUUUGCCUGCCAUCCUUGCAUCUCCUCUGACUCAAUGCCCUCCGUAAAUGGUUCCAUCAUUGUCUUCUUGUUACCUACGUGUAGUCAACGAAAAAUACAAACUACACGCUCAGCGAAACCACUGA